UCACAGCGCGCCCCAGACAGCUAGUUUUAUACAUCUGAACUGAAGAGUAGCCCUAUGUUUGAAAUCACGCGAGACUUGAUAACUAGAGCAGAGUGGCGACGAGAGUACACGUUGUUGCUGAGUUGUCGGAGAGGGAGGAGAGUACACACAGAAGCCACAGUGGACUAAACAAAACAUUUCAAAGGGUGCAGGGGGGGCAGAAGGACGGACUAAGAAGUCAUGGCUUCGGGGGAAACCCUGUACAUUGAGACGGACGGCUCCGAAAUGCCCACCGAAAUAGUGGAACUGCACGAAAUCGAGGUGGAGACUAUCGAAACAACUGUUGUCGGGGAAGACUGCGAGCACCAGCCUAUGAUCGCCUUACAACCGCUCGACACGGACGAUCCGCACUCGAUUCUCCCCCACCAGGAGGUGAUUUUAGUGCAGACCCGGGAGGAGGUGGUGGGCGAGGACGACUCGGAACUGCACGCGGAUGACGGCUACCAAGACCAAAUACUCAUCCCGGUGCCCGCCGUGGAGGAGGACUACAUCGAACAGACUCUGGUCACAGUCGCGGGGAGAAGCUCGGCAGCGGCCCGGAUGAAGAGAGCUGGAGCUGGGAAGAAGUCGGUUAAAAAGAGCUACUUAAGCGCCGCUGACAUGGGCAGAAAAUGGGAACAGAAGCAAGUGCAAAUAAAGACGUUGGAAGGAGAGUUCUCCGUUACUAUGUGGGCUUCGGAUGACAAGAAGGACAUUGACCAUGAAGAGCAAAUCACGGGUGAAAACUCUCCUCCUGACUAUUCAGAGUACAUGACAGGGAAGAAGCUACCUCCAGGGGGCAUCCCGGGGAUCGACCUCUCGGACCCCAAGCAACUGGCAGAGUUUGCAAGGUAUUCAUGCGCUCGUUUAGUGGAAACUAUACGAUUAACGCACUCGGAUAAUGCGCAAAUGAUGGUUUUCGUAUUUAGAAUGAAGCCAAAGAAAGUGAAAGAAGACGACGCACCCAGGACGAUAGCCUGCCCGCACAAAGGCUGCACUAAGAUGUUCAGGGAUAACUCCGCUAUGAGGAAACACUUGCACACCCACGGGCCUCGUGUGCACGUCUGCGCCGAGUGCGGCAAAGCUUUCGUGGAGAGCUCCAAACUGAAAAGACAUCAACUAGUACACACAGGAGAAAAACCUUUCCAGUGUACAUUUGAGGGCUGCGGCAAGAGGUUCUCCCUGGACUUUAAUUUACGUACCCACGUGAGAAUCCACACGGGGGACCGCCCGUACGUGUGCCCUUUUGACGGCUGCAACAAGAAAUUUGCCCAGUCUACCAACCUGAAGUCUCACAUCCUCACACAUGCCAAAGCAAAGAAUAACCAGUGAACGGGAAAGGAGCAGACACUUGAGGACACACGCCGCGUCUCCUUGACAAUUGACGUCCUGGGCCGGCUUGCUUGGGAGACAACAAUCUUAUCUUUUUUCCAACACAGACCUUUAAAAGACUUUCUCCGUAUGAGUGUGGCGAGGCCUUCCGACUCAAAUUGAACUCUUUUUACUUGGAUCUCUGCAACCACAUACCUAUUUUUACCUUAAAAAAUCGUACGAUGAAAUAUUUUACAUGGAAGCAAACGUCAAAACAGGUGCAAGCAGCAGUGAUCCUUUUUCAAUUUUCUACUUUCUCCUAAGUGUGCAUAUUGUACACGAAUUGACUUAAGUGCUGUGUUGAUUGAGAGGAUCUCUUUUGCUUUUUCUUUGAGGGAUUGAAUGGAUUUCAUUUUGUAAAAUGCGUUAUCGGUCAUGUUGUAGAUAAAAGCAUUGCUGAUUAAAGUGCUUUCCCUUACAUUGUAUUCUUCCACAAUUGAAUGUCAUUGGAAAAUGAGUCUAAUCACCAACAAAUACUGUUUAUUAGUUACAGCAAUGAAAGCGUAACUGCACGGCAGCUCAGUUUUGGCAUUGACUCAAGCACUGGUAGUAUUUGGCACUAUCAAAAUCAUGACAUCACACCACAGAACAUGUAGUACUUGAUUUAUAGCUUUGGAAUUGGUACCGUAUUUUUCGGACUAUAAGUCGCACCAGCCAUAAAAUGCCCAACAAAGAGGUAAAAAACGUUUAAGUCGCAUUUUGGCGGGAAAUUUACUUGAUAAAAUCAAGGCCUGCAGCUAUCGAAUAUUUUAGUAAUCGAGUAAUCGACUGAAAAUUCUAUCGAGUAAUCAGAUAAAAACUUUUUUUUUUUU